GGUAUGAAAUCAUAUUGUUCGAAAUUACGGGGUAGCCUAUGCGGUUUAUCAGCAUCAAAGACUUCCAAAGGAUUGACAACUUUCCGGCAGAAAAUCAUUUGCUCGGAAGUUGCAAAAAGACUACAGAGGGAGACGACUCCGCCCGCUGCAGGUGUGUCUCGCGUUACUCAACUGUUGACUCGAUCAUUUUCGACCAGAAGAAAUGAUGGGGUUUGGGACUUCUGGUAACGGUGGUUCGUCAUCGCCGUUGUCCAAUUUAUCGGCUUCAGCACCUCCUUUUUCGGUGGAUCGGUCCAAUUCCAAACCCGGUAGUAUAAACCCACCUGUGAAUUUCUCUGAAGCCCCUUAUGCUCUGCCUUUUCAUUCUUCUUUCCCUAAUUGGCAAUAUUCGCAUCACCCUUCAGCUUCUAGACCUGAUUUCUAUCCCAAUCAUAGAUCAGAAGUUGAUUCGAUUCGGACCACAUGUCUGCCUUCGACCGACAUACCAAACCCUAAUUUUAAUGCAGCAUCAAACCCUAAUUUCGGUGCUGCAUCCGAUUCCUUCUCUUUUCUGCAGUAUUCAAGUGAAGUGCCUAGUAAACAUGUUGGAGACAAGUCAUAUUAUCCUCCAUUUGUCUCACCGGUGAUUGAGGAUGAUGUCCCUUUGGUGGUCCUUAAUGAACCUAGCUAUGAUUUAUUGUCCAGUUCGCGUGCUCCAUUGGAUGGGCCUAUUCAAGUUGAUUACUCGGAUCUGGAGUACAUGCCACAGUGGGAUAGCUCUUGGAGCGGACUGUCUGACCUUGAGCAGGGCAAACGGGUUGGACUUGAUGGGAGUUUCUGCGCUGAGGAUAAAAAUAUUGCGGGUUCCUAUGUUUACAAGAAUUAUAUGAAACCAGAAGAUGCUUCUGUAGUUUCAAGUGGAAAAUAUGUUGAUGUAUUUGGCUCAGAAAGCCAAAUUGUUGCUCCAAGUAAAAAUAAAGUGCAAAAUUCCGGGUUCAUUUCCGGUGACUCCUCAAGAACAUCAAUCUCAGGAAGCUCAAUACUUCCAGAGUCUCAUGGACAGGGGCCCUUUCCCAAACCAGCUGCAAGUUUCUGGAAUCAUCAAAUUUCUUAUAAUGCAUCAUACGAUAAGUGCUUCCAACCUCUUGAAUCUUGCCAGAAUGAGUUCUUAUCAGUGAAAAAAUCUGCCCCUCCUCUUGUCAUCAGACCACCUCGAUCCAUUGGCACCAGUUCUACAGUGCCAAGUGGAGUUUCCACUAAAGAUGACAAAAAUAUCAGCAGUGUCAUAACUAUUAAAAGAAAGGGCUCUGGUUUCCAUGAUUCCUCUGAUCAAAAGGAGCCUUUCUUACACUUAAAAAGAGCCGAUUAUUUCUUUGUUGCAUCAUCCUCUACUGGAAAAGUAGAGAGGGAAUACAAGCCUACUACUAAGGGUGUCUUGAAUUUUGUAUCUAAAGGUGAAAUGGAAUUCCAACCCGCUGAUACAAAUGUACCAGAUGGCUUGACUUUGGAAAAUGAUAAUGCUAAAAAAGCCUUUGCUUCAGUUGAGGAUUCUCCAGAGAGUUUAGAUCAUUGCAAUCCUUCUGUGGAUUCACCUUGCUGGAAAGGUGCUCCAGCUUCUUGUUUCUCUCUGCCCGAAGUAUCUGAAACUUGCACUAGCUUAAAUCGUCAACAAAUUCAGAGCUUUCCUCCAACUUAUGAUACUGUGAAGUCGUAUGAGGAGAAUGGGUAUGUGGAACUUGGUUCAUUGCUUUGUCCUGAAAAACUUCCGAACACUAAUUGCCCAGUCAGAGAGCAUACUUCAGUUGACGAGGCGAAAGCAGGAUUUGAUAUUCCAACAUUAACUAGCAACAAGGGGGUUCAGUUUUCUAAUAACGUUGGUAAGCCAAGAAAAGAAUGUGGCUUCCAUAAUGACUCAAUAGGUUUUCCAGAUUCAAAACCUGGUCACACAAAAGAACUGGGUCUUGAAAAGCGUGAGGUUACAUAUGAAACAGAUUUCAAACCGUAUGAUGGGUUGAAUACUAAUGAUGCCUCAGAAGAUGGUUCUGUGCCUCUUCAUGGUAUGGAAAGCACUUCAUGUUUGCCUUGUUCUGCAGAAAAUGAAAAUAAGCUGGGCAAAGGGGAUGUGACGGAAUCAAUUCCAAAAAUGAAUGUCCAAAUGAUGGUUAACACAGUACAUAACCUCUCGGAAUUGCUUUUAUUUUACUGUUCAGACGAUGUAUCUGCAGUAUCGGAAAAAGAUCAUGCAGCCAUUAAGCAGGCAAUCAACAAUCUUGAUACGUGUAUAUCAAUGAAGAUUCCUCCUAUGAAACCAACACAAGAAUCAAGGCUUCCCCAACAAGGCACUUUUUGUGAACCUAAUCUUCGUAAGGGUGUCACUGAAGCCAGGUCUCCGGUGACAAAGGAACCUGAUGUUAGUCUUGAUAUUCGGUUGGAUGACCGCCAUAGAUAUAAGGGGACAACGAACAAUAAUUCUUCUGGCAAGAAAGUUGAGGAAUGUGCGGAUUUUUUCUCUUUAAGGGAUGAUGCAGACAUUAUGAAAGAUGAUAAAAUGGUGCAGGCUAUAAAGGGUAUUCUUAAGGAGGAUUUUAUUGGAGAGAACGAAAUCCCAUCAGAAACUCUCUUGUAUAAGAAUUUAUGGCUUGAGGCUGAAGCUGCCUUGUGUUCCAUUAGUUAUAGAGCUCGCUUCAACCGUAUGAAGAUUGAGAUGGAAAAACGCAAGUCCGACAACAUGAAAGAUGUAGAUUAUCUAGAGGUUGCUGAGAAGGAACCGAUCUCCGAGGUCUCUCCUGAUUGGAACAUAACCCAGAAAGUGACACCAGAGGCUGAAGAUAACCCAAUAUCCGGUAUCUCCAUUUGGGAUUCCUCUACUUCAACUAUAACAAAGAGUGUUGAUGAUGUCGAGGCUUCUGUCAUGGCCAGAUUGGAUAUCCUUAAACGCAGGGGUCAGAGCUCAAACUCCGAAGUUGCAAAAGGGCAGCGACUGACGGAGGUGGUUGAUGUGGGAUUUGCAGUCAAGAGCAACCAUUUUCCGUUUGUCGGAGAUCGGUCCGAGGCUGGCAGUUUGAACUUAUCUGAUGAAUUUAAUUUGCAGAAUUCAUGUGGCAACAGUAAACUAGACGAGUUUGGCCCAUACAUAAGUAGUAGUUAUAUGCAUAGUUCAGAUGAUCGGGUGAUUGGAUCUGGUAGGAAAAAGAGGAUGGGAAGUCGGAUCUUUUCUGGUUGGAAUGAUAGCUCUUCAUCAGAUUGGGAGCAUGUGCUGAAGGAUGAAUUUUCAGGUCAGAAUUGAUGAACUUCAAGGUCUGAAUCCACACCUGUAAAUUCUGUUUGAGAGAGAGAUUUCUCCCAGCAUAUGUAAAAAGUGUUUGGUAUUCGUUUGAAUUACUGAAAACCCGUAUCUUGAGAUUUCUCCAAGCAUAUGUAAAAAGCGUUUGGUUUUCGUUUGAAUUACUGAAAACCCAGAUGUUCAGAUGUUAUAUGAGUUGCUUGAAUGAUCUGUCA